UCUUAUUUGAUAUCAGAGAGCCCAAUGGAGCCUUCUGAAGAACCUAGUCAGAUUAGCAAAGAUAACCAUUUAGAAGUUCCUAAUUUAUCUGAUUCUCUUUCUGAAGAUGAAGAAGUUAAAGCUACCUUCAGACCUGGUUUUUCCCCUCAACCUAGCAGACGAGGUUCUGAUUCAUCUGAAGACAUUUACCUGGACACUCCACCUUCAGGUGCAAGAAGAGUUUCAUUUGCUGACAACUUUGGGUUCAAUCUUGUGUCUGUUAAAGAAUUUGAUUCCUGGGAAUUUCCGAGUGGUUCAACUGAUUUUGACUUAAUGAAGGACAUUUUCCACACAGAAGAAUAUGUUUUAUCUCCACUAUUUGACUUGCCUUCUUCAAAAGAAGACCUUAUGCAACAACUUCAAGUACAGAAAGCGAUACUGGAAUCAACUGAGUAUCUUCCUGGAUCUACAAGUGUGAAGGGCAUUAUUCGAGUUUUGAAUAUUUCUUUUGAGAAGUUAGUAUAUGUGAGAAUGUCCUUAGAUGACUGGCAGACAUAUUAUGACAUAUUAGCAGAAUAUGUCCCAAAUUCAUGUGAUGGUGAAACUGACCAAUUCUCCUUUAAGAUUUCAUUGGUUCCCCCUUAUCAAAAAGAUGGCAGUAAAGUUGAGUUUUGUAUACGUUAUGAAACUUCUGUUGGUACAUUUUGGUCAAAUAAUAAUGGCACAAAUUAUAUACUGGUUUGUCAAAAGAAAGAACAAGAGCUGGAGCCUGGAAAACUACAGGAAGAAGUUCCUAACAGACAAAUAAAAGGCUGCUUAAAGGUAAAAUCAAGUAAAGAAGAAUCACUGGUAACAUCAGAUGAGAAUAACUCUGAGAAUUCAAAGAUUACAGAUACCUAUAUCCCAACAAUUGUGUUUUCUCAUGAGGACAAGGAAGACUUGGAAACCAGUAAUCAGAAUGUAAAAGAUGUAAACACGGAACAUGAUGAACAUAAUGAAAAAGAAUUAGAUUUGAUGAUAAAUCAACAUUUAAUAAGAAGUACUGCUUCCAGAGAUGAAAAGAAUACAGUCAAUUUUCCAAAUAAAGCUGAGGGGUUACAGAAGAAGCAAAUCCAUGAUGAAGUAUACACUGACUUGUUUAAAAGGCCUUUGUCUUCAAGUUCAUCAGCAGAAAGAUCCUUGAAGGGAGAGUUUUACCACAAUGAAAAAUCUUCCUCAGGAAAUAAGUGUAGUUAUCAACCUUCAGAGGAAAUUACUUCAGAUAUGGGAGAAAUCAAGCCAUCAUUGGGAAAUACUAGUAGUGAUGAAUUAGUGCAAGUACAUAUUGGUAGCAAAGAAGUACUGGAUAACAAUGCUAAUCCAGCCCAAGGGAGGGGCAGAGUGCAAAUAUCUUGUCCCUCUGCAGAUCAACUAAUGGCAGACAACCUUAAUCAAAAAUGUGAAGGAGAAGCUAAAAAAACUGAAGUAAAAGAUUGGGAAUGUUUAAGAAGUGAUUUCCGUUCGGAUUUCCAUUCAGAAGAAUCUAUAGAAAAAGGAUCUUCCAAGAAAGCUUAUGGCAAUGGUAAGAAUGAGGAGGAGGAGCAAAGAAUAUGUUUAGGUGUUAAUGAAAAACACAGCAAAAAUUUUCAGUCAAUCUUACAUGACCAAGAAAGGAAGAUGAGCCACUCUGAAAUAAGUGUGGAAGGGAUGGGAGCCAGUAACAGAGACCUAACUGCUCUGCCGAGUAAGGAUACCCCAAUUCAUGACCAGUCAAUCAGAGCAGAUACAUUUCAUUCACCAAGGACAAAUCUAAGCUGCGAGGAAGCUGCGUUAACAACCUCAGACCUUGAUCUCUCGACUAGUGAAGGCACUAUUUUAGGAGGGAUGCCUGGUCAAGCUUGUUUACCAAGAAAUAGAAAUGUUUUGAGGAAUGAGUAUCUUUUCCAAGUUGAAGAAGAAAAAUCAGCUUGGAUUAAUCCCGAAGAUCAAAAUAAGAACAUCCAGCAUAAACAAAGUUGGAAUGUUCUGGAAAGUCAGGGAAGAGCAAGAGAGAGUAAGACAAAUAUAACAGAGCAGACCAAAGAACAAGCAGAUUGUGGAGACGUGUGGGAAAAAAGAGAUAAUGCAAGGAGUUUGAAAGCUAAUCCUACAGAAGAAUUGUUUACCUGCCAAGAAACAGCGAGCUGUGAACUGUCUUCUCUAGCUGAUCAUGGUAUUACUGAGAAAGCAGAAACAGGUACAGCUUAUAUAAUUAAGACAACAUCAGAAAGUACUCUAGAAAGCAUGUCUGCUAGAGAAAAAGCAAUAAUUGCUAAGCUACCUCAAGAGACAGCAGGAAGUGACAGGCCCAUCGAGGUAAAGGAAACAGCGUUUGAUCCACAUGAAGGGAGAAAUGAUGAUUCACAUGAUACCCUUUGUCAACGAGAGACAGUAGGUGUAAUCUAUGACAAUGAUUUUGAAAAGGAAUCACGUUUAGGUAUUUGUAAUGUACAUGUAGAUGAAAUGGAGAAGGAAGAAACCAUAUCUAUUUACAAUCCUGGGAAGACACAUGACAGGAAGAUAUGUGUCACUGGAAAUACAACAUCUGUAGAAGAAUCCUCACAGGUCAUUACAGACUAUCAAAAAGCAGCCUCAAAACUAGAUUUACAUUUGGGAAUGUUACCAACAGACAAAAAAAUAUUUCCAGAAAAUAGAGAUCAUGGGCAGAUCCAAGAAUUAUCACAGAAAACGAAUAUAGAUGCCAUUAUUCAUUCUGCUUUAAACUCAGACACUAAUAGAGCUUCUCAGAAUGGCUCUCACAUUUCUAAUCAUCAUGUUAAAACUUCAGUGCCAUCUCAUGAACAGGCCACUGCUAUAGAGAAUGCAAUUACUACCAUGACUCUCCAAUCUAUUUCUUCUAAAUCAAAAUAUAAUUGUAAUCCAACAAGUGAAAUCCAGGGUGCUGAGAAUCACCAUCAUCCUGCGUCUACACCUGAAGAAGUUUCCAAAAGUUCAAGAAUAGUGACAUCAGGUAGUAGGAGGGAAAGAUGUAUAGGCCAGAUUGUCCAACAAGGAGAAUGCAGUGUGGAGAAAUCUCUAGGGUCAACAAUUUUAAUCAGUGAAGCUUUUGAGAACAUGAAAGAGGCAAGGAAUGAAAAAGAAGGAUUAAUAAACUCUGGACAAUCACUGUGCUCUUCAGGAGACAAGGAAUCUGAGAGCCCUGCUUCUGACAGUCUCCCUGCCCAGGAAAGUCAAGCUCAAAGGGAAUCUCUGCUUUCGAAAUACACCAACUCUAAAAUGCCUUAUUUCCUUUUGUUCCUGAUAUUUCUUGUAACCAUCUAUCAGUAUGACUUAAUGACCGGCUUGGCAUUCUACGUUUUUUCAUUGUACUGGCUGUGCUGGGAAGGGGGAAGACAAAAAGAGUCUGUCAAAAAGAAGUAACCUCAGCACUAUUAUUAUUCUCUCUUAAAAGAUAAGCUAUUUAGCCCCAAACAUUUGGAUUGGUGAAAGAGACUAUUCGUUGUUCAAAGAGCCAGCGCAGUUUUUCUCUUGAAGGAUCAUUUAGAAAGGAAUGCGUAUGAAGUUUGCUCCUUCAUAUAAGUAAUUAUUCUAUAUAGGACCAUUAUGUUUGGAUCAUUAAAUACCUAUAUGAAUAUGAGAUCUGAAGCACGUCAAGUUGAAAUUAGGUACAGCUGUUGCUCCUUAGCAGGCUAUGAAGUUUCAAUGCUUCUUCACUACUUAAAGUGCCAUUUCUUGAAUUCAUUUUUGCAGUAAAGCUUCAUUUUUUUUUUCCUGAGUGUAUUUUUCCCUCUACUGUUUUUAAAAAUAGAUAAGACAUGGACAAUGGCAGAGGACUUUUUUUUUGGUCUUUUAAUACUGACCAUGAAAUUUGCAUUUACCACUGUAUCAUUUAUCAGCACAUUUUGAUAAAUGGAAUCUUUCAACUUUGAUUGCAUAUUUUUAAGAACAACACCCAUGCAUAUUGAAAUGUAUAGAUUUAACCUGAAGAAACACAUUGUGUACUUGAAUAACACUUAAUACACAUACACAUGUUUUAUAUCCUGCAUACCUACAAAGCCAGGGCAUUCAUAAGCCAAAUUUGACAAAGACUGAAACAAUCAAGAGAUGAUCUUUCAGUUCUACAAAAUUUGGGGGAUGGCCUGUCUUUAAGCAAUAUUUUUCUCUUUUAAAGGGAGACUGUAGAACACAGCUGAACAAUUUUGACGUCAACUAUUAUUCAGAGUUGGAAAUUUAAAAGUUCCAGAAGCAUUGCUUCAGAAUGAAUUUGUACCUAUAAAGCAUAAAGCAUUAAAUGAUAACAAUAAUUUAAAAAAGAUUUCCUAAUGAACUAUUUUACUUGGUAGUAUUUUUUGUCUUCAAACAAAUUUUUAACUUUUCUCAUUAUAAAACAAUAAAUUAUUCCCCAAGGUGCAUUUAGAGAACAAACAACUAAUCAUUGGUGAUAUUUAUUAUAUAGUUAUCAGGUUGUUAAAUGAUAACUCAAAUUUUAAGGAGACAAAUAAGUAGAUAUGGAGAUCUACUGAGAGAGAAAUGAAUAUCCAGUAGAGCAGUGACUUCAGUUACUGUUAUUAUCUAUGGCUAAGUAUGUGAAAUAAUGGAACUAAUCAUUUUAGCCACAUAGUGGUAAUGCAAAUAGGCUUAUACAAUUGAUUUCAACAACUAUUUAUUGAAUGACUAAUAUAUGCAAAACCUUGUGCUCUGUUCUAUGGCAGAGCACUUCCUUUGAUACCCCGAAUGGCUAGUCCUCAGGGAGGAGGCAUCGAUAUGUAUUUUGAUGCUUUUGAUUUGGCCAGAAAUAUGGGAGAAAGUCACACUGAGGGAGCCCACUUGGGUGAUUUCUUUUUAACUGGAACUUCUUUUAUGGAGAAUAUAACAUUGAUCUUCAGAGAGAAAAAGUAAUCUGUUUAUUAACCUGUAAAGGUAAAUUCAAUGACUAACACUUGUAUAUAUCAUCCUACACUCCUAAGAAACAUGCAUGCAUGGGAAGACAACAUGAGAAUGAAGCAUUUAAACUGACUUUCAUGUGGUAGUAAAUGAUUUCCUUAAUUUUCAUUAGGUACACAACUAUUUCCAAAUCCCCUAAUUGCAUGCUUGUCUUAAGUCCCAUUGAAAUUGAAUGCUUGACUUUAACUUUUUAGUUGAACAAAUACAAACAUCCUGAAGUAGAACUUAGGGCAAAUAUUUGAUUGUUUGAGAGAGCAUAUUUUCAUUAAAUACAAGUGGGAUACUGUAGGCUGUACCUAGAAUAUUAUCUCUAAAAUUGCUGUCUUGAUAAUUUUGUUGACAGGUCUAGAUUACAACGAAGUUAGGGUUAGCAUUUCUUCAGUUCCUAAUGGCUUGGUUUUUGCAUUCUACCUCUAAGAGUUUCAGUCAAUAUGCCAUAUCUUAUUAAUGCAAAGAACACUAUAUUACUUUAUGAACACAGGUGCCCAAACUGUAAUUGUUCCCUUAUAUAUAAAAGAAUGUAACUUUUUUUAUCUCUUCUAUUUGACUUUUGGUAACAUUAACUUACUAUACCUUCUCAUGCAUAUUUGUAAUAUGACAAUAGAAGUUUCAAAGGAUUUAAAAUACUCCAUUGUGUACUUCUCUGCAGGCAAAGAAGAAAUAAUUGGUGAUUUAACUGACUUUCCAAACAUUACUUAUGAAGAAUUAGAAAUAAAGUCAUAAGAACUAUGAAACUAUUGCCAGGUGGAGAGGUAGAUUUUUGCAACCUGUUUUGGUCACAUCACUAUGUUGAACAAGAAAAGUGGAUCUCAGGAAGAACUGGCAGCCCCUGGUUAAUAAAGAUUUGACUGUGAAUCAUCAUGACAAGGGUCAACUUUAUAAGCAUAGCUGCCUUCAUCGUGUCCCCCCAAGUAUUGGUUAAGGGCCAAAAGGGUGUGGCAUGAGAAUAAACAAAAAGAGUAUAUUGUACAUCUGCUUCUAUAGUGGGUAAGAAAUGUGAUGUAAUAACCAUCACCUUUUUAUCUUGCUGGGCUUCUGACUAUUAGAAACAAAGUUCUAAAAAUUAAUUGGCGAGUCAAGCAAGUGUAGGUAGUAAAAUCAACUAUCUCAGAAAAUCACAUCUGUGUAAGCCACCAAUAUCUCAAUAGAUUUUUCAAUGUAAGAGUAAAUAGGUCAAUGAGAUGACAUUCACCUCUCAAUAUUCAAGAACAUUGGCUUAAUGCAAUUGUGUUUCCCUGCUGAGUUCCAAUAUUUUGCUAGUGAAUUUUUUCAAAGAAUAUAUAUAUAUUCUGCACCAUUUUGUGAGAGAAACAGGAUCAUCUUUUAUUUGUCAUCUUAAACCAGUCUUCUGGUUAAAUGGAAAACUUAAAAAUAUCCAGACCAAAUUUGGGGAAAUAAGUAUUUUUCCCAAAUAGCAUUCAUGAUACUUUCUUAAUAGUUUUUUUCAGUCAUGAAUAUUAUUUUAUCUCACCAGACCUGUUGUCUUCUUUAUUAGUCUCAAUUUUUGCAUAUAAAUUUUUGCAAAAAAGCAAACAAAGCAAAACAAAAAACUAGCAGGAAAACUAGUAAAGAUGCAGGCAGGAAAGCUGUCAUCCCCAGGGCCAGUUCAUCUACUGAUUUCUGAUGUCAUGAUCUCUGACCUUUUAAAAUUUCACUGAGUGAAUACAGAAAUUGAACGAUGCAAUAAAGAUCGUGGUUUGUUAAUUUAAGUCCUGUCUUAGCCAAUUCCGUGGAACUGAGGAAUAGGACUGACUCUGAUCCUGCAACAAGGUAUGAAAGGACUAUGACAGGCCAUGCUCCUCCAGCAUCUCCACAGUUGUACUCCUACAUAAAGAGAACAACUAAAAAAGUUACUUUUAUUUAUUGGAUUAAAUUAAUUUGCUUAAUUUUUUUCUACUUAAUUUUUUUCUACUUAAUUUUUUUUUACUUAAUUUUUUUCUACUUUCAGAAAUAAUUCAUAAUAAAACUCAUGGCAACAUAAGUUACUUUUCAUCUUUUAAAAAUAGAUUCAGUCAUUAAUACAAUACAUUUCCAUAAUUUUACCCAAACCUCUUUAAAUAGCUAAUCAAAUUUUCACUAGACUUUCAGCCUAGCUUGAACAUGUUUUACAAGAAAUAUUAUUACAGUGUGUUAAAACCUUAAUAAACAAACAACUCUUUAAAAAGUU